AUGCGCUACUGUUCGGCAACACGGGUAUCGUUUCAUUCAGUUCAAACCGAUUUAUCGAAUUUCCUAUCGCAUGUGAAUUCCAGUUCUGCUUUCAGCUUCCUGGCUGUGUUUGAUGUUAUGUUUCCGGGUCCACGUUUUUCUGAGUUCCAAGAAUUCGCGAAGCAGUUGAGCGCGUCAGACGACAUUACCGUUUUCCACAUGCUACACAGUUCUACCGUUCAUCCCGAAGACAGUGUGUUCCAUCGUUUCAAUUUGACUUAUAUUGAACUUCCCUACUACAUGUUAUUUCGUCGCGGUUUCGCUGCGCCGUUAACGUAUCGCGGAAGUUGGAAAUCCGAGGACAUUCUUCUGUGGGUCUCGUCUGUUACUGGUCUUCGUUUACCUCUGCCAGGAUGCAUUGCUGCGUUAGACACGUUAGCCCAUGAGACUAGAACGGCAUCUGUUGAGGAACUAAAGCAACGUCUGUUGCCGGAGUUCAAACGCCUGACCUCUUUGAAACGCUUUGUUGGAUCUGCAACAGUCAAAUUCUACUUGAUUGUUGCCGAGAAUCUGAUUCGUCUUGGUCCCUCUUACUUACACGAGGAAUCGACCAGAUUAAAGAGACUUGUAGACAGUGAGGUCUCGGACGGACAGAAAGCCAAACUAAAGGAACGGCUCAGCAUCCUGACACAGUUUAUGCCACCGAAACAAGUGCAUUUCAGCAAAAAAACUGAACUGUGA